CGCGCUGUCGGCUAGUGUUGUGUCGAAAUACGCUGCGUGUUAAUUGUUUAUAUAAAUUGGAUCAAUAUUGUAAAAACACAAUGGAUAGCACUGCUAUGACUACUUCGGGCUUAUUGGAUUGGGAGCUAUCUCUACCAUCCGACCAGAUAAUAUCCCACGGCUGGUACCACGGAGCUCUCAGUCGAACGGCCGCUGAAAAUCUUCUGCAGCAAGACCGCGAGUUCCUCGUGCGGGAGUCAUCUUCGCAGCCAGAUAACUAUGUACUUAGCUGCCGCUCAAAUGGACAACAUUUGCACUUCGUCAUACAACGGAUCGUAGUUCACCCUGAAACCGUUUAUGAGAAAUAUCAAUACCAGUUUGAAGAUGAAGCUUACGAUACUGUAGCAGAUCUUAUCACUUCCUAUGUGGGCUCCGGCAAGCCCAUAUCGGCAGCCUCCGGAGCCAGAAUUCAAUAUCCGGCGAAUCGAGUUGUUCCCUUGACAAACUACACCGCCGAUGAUAUGACCUCUGCGGCAUCUCCAAUGGGCGAAUCAUCUGCCUACGGCAACCCCUAUAGUUUGUACAGCCAUUUUGCCGCGAAGCCUGGAAUGCAACUUCGAGUCCCAUUUAAGAAACAAAGAUCUCAUUCCCUAACACCAAUAGACAUAUCUCAACACGUAACUCACGGCAAAAGUGCUAGUGCAGAUGGCGUUAUCCAAAGUCAAACCAAUAAGCACCAUAAACAUUUGUCUGGUGAUUCCAACUCCAAUUCUGGAACAUGGGAUGCCAACUUGCCGACGAGCCCACCUGCGAAACCUGUUCGCCACGAAGGACCGAAGGCGGAUGACAGAAGACUGGAACUUCAACGAUUCUACCACGUUUCUGGUUCAGAUUCUGGUAAUGGAUCUGGUGAUUCAACACAAAGCUCCGCUCAUAGUGACCCGAAUAAGUCAAGAAUGGACACGGAUUAUAACUUGGUGACACCAACAAUAAAGCAAGAAUUUGAUUAUGAUGGUACAGAAGCAAGGCUUAUAAAAACGGUAAAGUUCGACUAUAUGGUCGAAUCAAGGAUUAACUUGGAAAACUUUCAAUCACAGAUCAUUCCAACGAAUCUAACUAAGCCCUUAGAGUCGGAAACAUUACAUACUAUUAAACUUUUAAUAAGAACAUGUGGGCCGCGUAUUUUGGCAAAUCACAUGACUAAAGUUGACUUACACUUCUUGAUAGACGAUGCCGUUCAAAUUGAAGGUAUGGAUAGAACUGCCUCAGGACUGGAGUUAUGCUUUUUGCCUCAAGGUCGAUCGUUGCGUAUGGAUGUGAUAGAGAGAGUUGAAACUUUUCGACUGUUUAUAGCGGUUACAAUACUAACCUGCCAAACGGAUAGGCAAAGAGCAGACACUAUUAAUGACUGGAUUUUGCUCGCAGUAGAAACAAAGACAGCAUUGGGAAAUCUGUAUGGUUUUUCAGCUAUCAUGUUUGGUCUUUGCAUGCCACAGGUGGAGUGCUUGGAAAAUGCAUGGAGUAUAUUACGACAAGUUUAUACAGAUAGCGCAAUUAUGUUUGAAGCUAAAUUGAGGCCAUGUUUUAAAAGUAUGAAUGAAGGAACAAACCCACUACCUCCCAAUACCACCACACCGAAUGUGUUGCCGGCGGUUCUUUUAUGUCACAAGUAUGAUGGCGAAGGAGGCAGUGCUAUUCCGCCUGAUGAAACUUUCCCGAACAGUCUCAUGAAUACAGUGAAAUACGACUUCACCACCACAUUUGCGCAUUUGGAUGCGGUGAGACAUUUCGCCGACCAAGUAGACACGUUCAAAAGAAACGGCCGAACAGUUAUCCAAGUGAUGUCGCAACUGGGACCAGUUUUGGAUCCAAUAUUACUCGAACUGUUUAAAACUGAAUUUCAUAUAAAUUUCCUCUGGGGCGAACGAGGUGCUCUGAUUACGCCCAGCCAAAGAUUUGCGAGGCUAACGGAUGUAUUAACAUCGAUGGCUGCAAAACUAGUAAAUCAACCUCCACUACAAGAGGACAUUGUUUAAAAUUGAAAUCAUUAAGUAUGUAAACAAUAUCGAAUGAAUUCGGAAUGUUUAAUCAAUCGGGAUAGCAGUACAUUUAGUUUACAUUAAUAAUGUAAUUAAAAUAAUGAUACGACCUGGGGGACGAAAACUUGGUGCGCAUACCCCACAUAUAAUACGUGAAUAUAACACAACGGACAUAAGGACAGCGAGAUGAUGAUUAACAUAGUCAAGGGCCGAUUAA